CCGGCGUCGACUAAACCCAAACACUAGCAGCGAAUCCACUACGUUACAGCGCGCUCCCCUCACUAACCCACGCGACACGCUUCCUCUCUCUGCUGUCCAAGCACCCCGCUGCUGAGGCCUGUCUGGCGACUGCUGCCUCCUGUACCGUGCACAAAGGCACCUUGUGACGCCAUCACCUUCACCCCCAUCCGUCCACGUCGCCCGCCCUCACCCGCCCGCAAGAAAGAGACGGUCCCUCUGCUGCCCCACGCAAAGCCCGCCAGCCGCAGCAGCAACAGCAACAACAACAAAAACAACAGGCGCCCUCCGACUGCCAUGGGUCAACCAGCACCUCGCACUGCUCGAGCCCGCCCAACCCACGACGCCUCUCUCGCCCACUGCUAAGACGACGGGCGCGCUUCCAUGGAGGCAUGCGCCCACUGCCAGACAUGAUCGGACACCUGUUUAGCAGCCGCAAGGGCAGCAGCGCGUCUCACGCGCCGCCGCCGACGGUGCUCGACUCGGCGACAGAAGAGAGCCACACGCGCCAUCUGCUGUAUCCCGAGUACAACACGCUCUACCACCCCGAGGGCCAGCCGUAUCCCUUGCACGCCGCGCCCUUGACCCCGGGGAGCGGCCAUGAUGGGCCCCUGCCGGAGAUAGACCUCGACUACCCGCGCGACUGCCGCAUCAUCAUCGCCCAGGACGAGACGCCCGCCAUGCCCAAGACCAUCCUAUUCGACUCCAAGCCUGCCCCACCACGCGUCGACGCUCCCACAUCGCCCAACCUCCGCACCCGCGCAUUUGGCGCCGCCAAUGCCAGCAAUGCCAGUACGCCAGCGCCGACGUUUGGGGGACUGCACGCCCGCACAUCGUCGCUCGUCACAGAGCCCGCCGCGCCACCGCGCUCGCCCACGGUCGGAGGCUUCACGCGCAUACGCACCCGCGGCAGCUCCAUAUCCUCCAUGCCCAACAUCGACGAGCACGCCCAGGUCCAGGCCAAAGCCCAGGCAAGGGCCAAGGAGUCAACCGACCUGGCCAACAUCUGCCUCGACUGCAUGUUCGGCAACCUGGCCAUGAACUACCGCGGCAACUCCAACAAGAUACACAUUGUGCCGCUCGACACAAAGCCGGCCGACUCGUCGUUGCUGAGCACCAGCGUUCAGGACGCUACCAACUCUCUUGGUCGCGCCGAGGGCCUUCGCAGAAGGAGCCAUCUCGCCAAAUCCUUCACACCCGCCAACCUUCCAACCGACCUACCCCGCGCCGACUCCAGUGAGGGCGUACCGAAGGAGCCCAGGCGGCGUACCAUCUUUAUCACGCGCAUGUUCUCAGUCACUGUGCCGGAAGAGGAGCACGAUGAUCGCACCCCCACCCCGCAGAGCUCACUGCCAAAAGGCAAUGGCUUCCCCUUCCCCGCGACAAGCACGAAACCAGGUGCCCCCAAGGUACCGUACCCCUCGCACGUGCGAAAGAGCCCCAUGUAUGCUAUCACUAUCAUCCUCCACCUUCCCAUAUCAAACACAUCUCCCAGCGUGAGACCCUCUUCUCGGAGCGCCAAUGCCAGAACGCCGGUGCACCUGUCUACCUCUGCUCCUGGGCAGGACUCGCUUGGUUCUUCUUUGGACUCAGAACGACGCACAGGAUGGGCCUUCAUCGACUCCAAUCUCGGCGUUGAUUCACUUCUAUCCUCGUCGCUAUGUAGUGAUGUCGAUGACCGUGUCGAUGUCGUAGGGCAACACUGGGACGUCAUUAUGCGUGCUCUCAGUAGCCUGCAACACGUGGUACAGGAGAGGAUAUUGGCCCAGUUCAAAGCGCCUCGGUCGCCAGAAGGCAUGCCUACGCCUACAGCUCACCAUCAGCGAAAUCAGCCUUCGCGGGCUAGUCUCCGCGACACUUCUCUCCACGCCAGCCGGCGGGCCCUGCGAUUGCAGCCCAAUGCCCUCAUGAUGGACAAAGAAAUUCAAACCGCAGCAGAGCUUACUGGCAAUCGCGUGGUGAGCGGCAUGAGGAUCCCUCGUGUCAUGACAGGUCAGGGCAAGUGGGGUGUCUGGCGCGAAGAGGCCAGAUGGCUUGGUCGCUGGGCAGGUCGACGUGAACAGAACUUUUUCUUCUUCAACCUCCUUACUGCUUUCCUCGGAAAUCACACCGAGUGGCUCAACGUUUUGGGACCCAAGUGGUACCGUAAGCGUCAUCGCGAGCAGCAAAAGGCAACUGCCGGUGAGAUUCUAACAAUCCCUAACCGCACCGUCAUCGUCUCUCCAGACAAGAUGGCUGCACGGAGACUCAUCUUUCUACUCGCCGCCUUCUUACCACCCAACGCAUCUGCCAUGGGUGAAAGUACCUACCCGCGUCCCGGCACUUCAGCAUCCCUCCGUGCCUAUUCGCAGUCACCUCCGACCAAUAUGCCGCCUUCAAGGCAGCCCUCCCUACGGCGACAGAUCAAACGAGGACCGCGGGCCAAGCAAAGUAUGUCCAAUAUCCUUUUGCAGCCACCCAAGCUCCAGAGCGUUCAUCAGCCACCUGCGCAGAUUUCAGAUGAGCGGUCUGAAUCGGUCUUGAUCGAGACUCAAGAGCCUAUGCGUCCGCUUGGACACUCUCGGCGUUCUUCUGCACAUUCAGUUCGCACCACUCUAGUGGUUCCAUCAAUGUCAGAAGGCCCGGUCGCGCCGGGUAGCACUGCUACUACCUCAACAGCCAACCCACAAGAUGCGAUGCCUGUCGCUCACUUCACAUUUCCCAGGACAAAGUCAUCUGGUACCAUGCCCGAUAUGAGACCUGAAAGUAGUGAUAGCCUGGCCUCAACGAACCUGAUCAGCACCCUGCAGAGGAGCGGUACCGGUCAAACCAGUCUUGCUAGUAAUGAUUCCAGCAAUACAAGUCGCUGGAGUGGCUUUAUGAACUUUUGGAGCGGACGUCGUUCGUCUUCAACCGACCAAAGUGAAUACUUUCAGACCACAGAUGACGGUGUGGGAUACCGUGGGCAAGAGCGCCCUCGGUCGCAGCUGGAGCACAUGGUUCAAGAGCUCUCCAUGGACCGCGUCUUCGAGGGCGAUGCUGCCGAUUCUCCGCUUCCACAAGAUUCAGGCGAAAAAACCUCUCCGGACAUAUACUCCAAUGCUGGCUGUCCUGGCGUUCCUGCGUCUGCUGCAAGGCCAAUCCCAGAGCGUCAGAAGACUUACGAGAGUCACUUAAAACUGUCUGUCAACGAAAAGGAUGGCGUUAUCGACGUUGACCUUCCACUGCCUGACUUUGACUCUCCUCUUCAGUCUCCACUGCUAGGGGGGUUUGGGUCAGCUUCAAGCCAGCCAGGCUCCAGCUUUGGCGAGUCCUCAGUCUUAUCGACGCCUCACUGUGAGCCAGAACAGCCCGUCAACGUGGCGGGUUGGCUGAGCCAGUUCCACCCUGAUUUCGCCGUCCAAGCUAUAAAGCCUUAUCGCGAGCUUGAACGCGACAUCAAGCGAGCGAUGAGCGCUGAGCCCACACCUCUAAAUACCGUGACUACACCGAGCCUAGAGUCGGGCCCGCUUGAGCGUUGGAUGGAUAUCUGUUCUGCUCUUAUUGCCGACACAAGCAAUUUCUCGAUCAAACGCAUCAGCUUGCGGCGUCUCGUGAAGCUCAUUCCCACGCCUACGUACCAAUCUUCGGCUAUGACACCGGGUGUCACUGGAAUGGCUCCUGCCCACUCGCGAUAUGGUAAUCCGUACACCUCCGGUGCCGCUGCUCCAAUGAUGACUGAAGUACAUCUUGCUGAAAAGUUCGUCACCGAAACCAUCAUGGAUUUUGACUCCACGCUCAUCGACGGCGUGGAUCGCGUACUCGCGCAGUCUGGUGAGGUGACCCGUGUAAAUUCUGCCCAGUCCUCUCGAUCAAGCAGCCGAAGGGGCCGUCGCGAUACUAGGACGGAAUCGGAUACAAUACCACAUGUCGAAGUGCCGCACGUGGAUUGUAAGAGUGUGCUUUUCGAAGCACUAGAGAUCGUUGUGAAAGAAGUGGCCGCUGAGCGAGGGGGUAGACAAUCCUCUAAAGAAGGUGAUUUGAGGAAGACGACGAGGGAUGCACACCCGAAGACUGAGAAUGAUUCUUCUUUGAAAGAGGGUAUUCGUAGAUGGCUAACAGAGGUCGAGUGAACUCAGUAGGGGACGUUUCACACUGUUCUUUUCUUCAUGACUUGAACUUUCAUUAUCUAUGUAUUAUAUGUUCCAAGGGUGUAUUAUGUGGGCUUUGCUGCGUUUGAGCGGGCGUUGAAGCAUUUUUAAAGCGAAGUACGACCUUCGUGUCGACGAUCUUGGUGGCCUUUGGCUGUGGUAUAAGCUAGCGAGACAGCAUUAUCGGAACAGUAGUAACAAGUUGGAGCGAGGGUUAGGAAUAUCUGGAAAGGAUGAUACCAAUAAUAGAACGAUCUUGAAUCUUGG